ACAGAAUGGCCGCACGGCACGCAAUCAUUGAGUGAGGUUAUGUUAUAUUUUUUAUUUCAGUGGUUAAGCUAAAAAAAAUACGCAUUAUUACAAUUGUCCAGCUGAACUGCAAGUUGUUAACAUUACUUAGGUCUGUGAAUAAUAUCUACUAUCAAAGAAUCAAGCCACUUGUGAUUCUUUUUGUGCACAAAACAAAAAUCACAUUUACCAAUGCUAGCAGCAAGUGGGUGGUCAACUGGUUUCAUGUAAAAAUGAGUACUUCACGAGGCAACACAACACGACAAAGACCACAGAAAUACCAAAAUAAAACAGCUUUUAAAAAUGACUUGCAUGAUACAAGCCACAGGACUAAAAUUAUAAAUUCAUUAGAUAUAACUGGAGUGUGUAAACGCUGCAAAGAUAUCAUUGAAUGGAAAAUCAAAUACAAAAAAUAUAAACCACUCACAGCACCACGGAAAUGUGUUAACUGUGAACAAAAAACUAUAAAACAUGCAUAUCACAUGUUAUGCAGUAAAUGUGCUACUGAAAAACAAGUGUGUGCUAAAUGUUGCAAACCAGCUGAUAGUCCAGACGAAGAAAAGGUAGAUGAAUCACAAAAUACAGCUAUACAAAGUAUGUUAAAAGGUUUACCUGAAAGAAAAAGGAGGACUAUACUGAGAUAUUUGAACAAACAAGGUAGUGACCAACAGAAGACCAGUAUUGUUCACUUGGAAAAAAUGAUACAAGAAAUGGACAAAAUGGCUUUAGAAGAUGAUUUAGAUGACUUUUUUAGUGAUGAUGAUCCAAUCAGCAGUGACAAUGAAGGAAAAGAAUAGAUAUUAAUUAUAUGGAAUAUAUUUUAUUUAAAAAUUAUGUUGCUACAUCAUUUUAUUUUAUACAAUUUUCUAAAUAAAUUAAAUUUUCCUUACACCUUAAAUUGGACAGCAAGACCCAUGAUAAAAAAUCUUAAGUUUAUAACAUUAAUUGAGAAAAGAUAAAGAUAAGUGUAACAUCAGUUGCUCUUGAAAGCAUUCCAUUCUUAAUGAUUUUUUUGUGAAAAUGCAUUUUAUAGAGAGAUGGUUUAAUUUAAACUUUGCAAGGUUUGUAAAGGUACAUCCACAUCUCUUCAUGUCUGCCAAACUACAAUGACAAUCUGAAUAUUUAACUCUUUUACUGUUCACAUAUCAACAUGUUUGUUAAAA